GGCAGGCAGCCAGAGAAGAGGGGUGAUGUCACCUCUAACAGGCAGCCAAUGAGAGUCAGGAGGGGUGGAGAGAGAGAGCGGCCGGAGGAGGGUGUGUUUUUUCUAUCACUGCAGCAUCAGCAGAGAGGAGAGGUGCACAAUCAAUUUCACAGAGAAGGAGAAGAGGAAGACGCAAAGGCACAAGUAGAUAAGCAAGAGAGGCAGGAAAAGAGGACGCCGGGACUUGCCGGAGGAUCGAGCAUCAGCGUGGAGAGAGGAGAGCAGCAGGAGGGCGUGGAUCUAUAGUUAAAGAAGAAGACAGGAGGAAAAAAAGAAGACAAGAGUGACCAAAGACGGACGAGGCAAUCCUGCGGCCUCCCGGAAGAGAAACAUAGCCUCACACUUGCUCAGCACGAGUGUGCGUCUGUGCGAGGUUGCCCUUUUACUGUACGCGUGUGCGAGCAGGUGGUACUUUGAUGGGACAGUGAGCAAUGCCUCACACGCAGCGACAGCCGGUUGGCAGUAGGGGGCAGUGCUCCUCCCGCCUCCUCCCCCUCCUCCUUCUCCUCCUAUCCCUCGCUGGCCACAGCCAUGCAGCCAUACACAUACCCUCCAACUACCACAUAAGUGAUCUGAAGAGGCCUCCAGCGAUCACCACGCAGCCGGAGUCUGUCACCGUCUUCAGCGUUGAGGACCUCGUCAUGAGCUGCGAAGCCUCCGGAAACCCUACGCCCAUUUUCCGAUGGACAAAGGACGGACAGGAGUUUGUCCCUGGUGGCGACCCGGAGCUGAAGGUUACCGAGAACACUGGCUCAUCCGCAUUCUACACUCUCAGUAACACAAUGGACUCGCUGAAGCAGUACCAAGGCAAAUACAUCUGCUACGCGUCCAACGAGCUGGGGACUGCCGUGUCUAAUGAGGCCCUGCUCAUCACUGAUGUGCCUCCGACCCUGCAGAAGGAGAAAAAGGUUACCGUGAAGUCUGAGCAGGGAAGCAGUAUUGUUCUGAAGUGUAACCCCCCACAGAGCUCUAUGGAGCCGAUCAUUCACUGGAUGGACUGGACGCUCCAUCAUAUCCAGCUUAAUCAGCGAGUGGUGGUGGGGAAAGACGGCAACCUGUACUUUGCCCAUUUGACGGCAGAGGACAGCCGGAGCGACUACACCUGCAACGUCCAGUACCUGGCGACUCGCACCAUUCUGCCAAAGGAGGCCAUCACACUGACUGUCACCGCCUCCAACUCGGUAGUGCGGAACAAGAGGCCUCAGAUGAUGAGACCUACUGGAAGCCACAGCACUUACCACGCCCUCAGGGGUCAGACCGUGGAGCUUGAGUGCAUCGUGCAAGGCCUUCCGACUCCUGACGUGAGUUGGCUGAGGAAGGACGGGGAGCUGUCCGAGUCUCGAACCACGCGGGACAUGUUCGACCGCCGCCUGCGCUUCAGCAACAUCUCAGAGAGCGACGCGGGCGAGUACCAGUGUAAAGCCAACAACUCCCAGGGAAAGAUCACACACACUUACACUGUGAUUGUGGAAGCUGCUCCCCACUGGGUGAAGGAGCCUGUCAGUCAGUUAUAUGCCCCGGGUGAGACUGUCAAACUGGACUGUCAGGCAGACGGCAUCCCCUCUCCUGCCAUCACCUGGACCAUCAAUGGGGUCCCCCUCACAGAUAUCGAUGAGGACUCCAGACGUGCUGUGAACCCGACCUCUCUUAUCCUAGAGGAUGUCAACUUCGAAGACACCGCCAUAUACCAGUGUCAGGGCUCCAACAAGCACGGAACCAUCAUCACCAACACCAACGUUUAUGUGAUUGAGCUGCCACCACAGAUCCUUACCGAGGAUGGGACCACAUACACAUUUACAGAGGGCCACAAGGCUUUGCUGGAGUGUGACACCUUUGGUUCUCCUCAACCUAAAGUUACAUGGGAGAGUGGCAGCAGCUCCCUUCUGGCAGAUCUCAGAGUGAACCCACUGACGAAUGGGGGCCUCGAGAUCGCUAAUGUCACUCAUGAAGACGAAGGCCUCUACACCUGCUCUGUAAAGAACACCAACAUGUCUAUCAAUGCCGUGCUGGAAGUCCUAAACAGGACCGUGAUCUUGUCGCCACCACAGGCUCUGAAGGUGCAGCCUGGAAACACAGCCAUCUUCACCUGUCUGGCCCUAGUUGACCCCAAGCUCGGUUCCCCUCUCAUUCAGUGGAGAAAGAACAAUCAGAAGCUCUACGAGUCGCAAAGUGACCAAAAAUACACAAUAGAGGGUCCAGACCUGAUGAUAAAUAAUGUGGACGCAGAUGAUGAGGCUGUGUACACCUGUCAGGUCAUCACGAAGCUGGACAUGGCUGAGGCCAGUGGCACCCUCACUCUAUGUGACCGUCCAGACCCUCCUGUCCUCAUUCAGGUCACUGAUCUCAAGCGUCGCACAGUCACUAUCAGCUGGACUCCUGGAGACGACAAUAACAGCCCUGUGAUAGAGUACGUGGUUGAGUUUGAGGACCAAGAUUCGAAGGAGAGGAACUGGGAAGUGCUGAAGAGAGUAAGUGGGAACACAGAGCGUGUCAGCCUCCCCCUGUGGCCCGACAUGUCCUACCGUUUCCGGGUCACUGCCGUCAAUGAUUUGGGUAAGAGCGACGCCAGCAAGCCGUCUGAAAUUCACAAGACACUCGCUGAAGCUCCAGACAAUAACCCUGAAGACGUGAGAAGUGAGUCCACAGACCCAGACACUCUGGUCAUCACCUGGGAGGAAAUGGACAAACGCAACUUCAAUGGCCCUGAGUUCAAGUACAGGGUGCUGUGGAGGCGAGUGCUGGGCAGCGGGCCCAGCUGGCACAUCAAUCACACAGCGGCACCGCCAUUCAUCGUCAAUGACGUUGGCAACUUCUCCGCCUUUGAGAUAAAAGUACAGGCUGUGAAUGAGAAGGGAGAUGGACCUGAACCAGACCCGGUCAUUGGCUACUCAGGAGAAGAUGUUCCUUUGGAGGCUCCGAUGGAUGUGGGCGUUAUACUAAUAAACAGCACUACCAUCAAAGUGACCUGGGCAGCAGUGGACAGAGAGACAGUCAGAGGGCACUUGCUGGGAUACAAGAUCUACUUGACCAGGACUGGCUCCAGGGGCCACCACCGUGGCAGAAGGGCAAAGGAGUCAGAAAGCACAAUCGUGUUGGAGACUGGGGCCAACGAAGAAAAGAAGAUGAUCAGUGAUCUCAGGCCCUUCUCCCACUAUUCACUGGCUGUCAUGGUAUUCAACAGCAAGGGAGAGGGACCUUCCUCUGAGACGCUGUCCUUCAAGACCCAUGAGGGAGUACCCGGUCCUCCCAUGUCCCUGAGUUUGGACAGCCCAUCAGAGACAGAGAUGACCCUCCACUGGACGCCUCCUGAACAACCCAACGGAGUCCUCAUUGGAUAUCUCCUGCAAUACCAACGUAUUGUGGAGAGUGAUGACAGCCCCAUGCAAGUAGAGACAAUAGACGAUCCCACUGUCACCCACCUCACGCUGAGGAGCCUGGACCGGCACAGCAACUAUCGCUUCUACCUGCGUGGGCGCACUGCCACUGGAGACGGAGAGCCCAUAAAGCAGGAUGGCGCCACCACGCUGGACGGAGCGCCUCCUUCCAACAUCAGCCUGUCUGCGGGGGAAAACUCAGUUAACCUCAGCUGGGUAGCCAAAAAGAGACAUAGGAAUGUUGACUUCCAGAUUCACUACCUCAGAAAGAAUGAUGGCAGCACAUGGAAGAAGACGGAGAAGAUGAACUCUUCUCAGUCCUCCUACCAGCUCCAAGGCCUGACACCCGGCUCUGACUAUCAUCUACGCAUCACCCACAGCAACACCACCUUCUGGGAAGCUCACAUCAAGACAAACGGAACAGCCGUGACGGAGGUGCAGCAGAGCUUUGCGACGCAAGGCUGGUUUAUCGGCGUGGUGAGCGCCAUCGUGCUGCUGCUGCUGAUACUGCUCAUCCUCUGCUUCAUCAAGAGGAGUAAAGGGGGAAAGUACUCAGUGAAAGAUAAAGAGGAGGGCCCGAUGGAUUCAGAGGCGCGGCCUAUGAAAGAUGAGACUUUCGGAGAGUACAGUGAUCUCGAGGAGAAGCACACGGCCAGCCAGCCGUCCCUGUGCGAGGAGAGCAAGCUGUGCAGCGAGGACAACCUCGACUUCAACGGCAGCAGUGCCAGGACCUUGGAGCUCAACAUGGAUGAGUCCCUGGUCAGCCAGCUCAGUCGGCCUAGCGAGGGCCCGGACGCGCUCCACGGCCUGCCCGACAACUCCCCGCUCAACCCCAACACCGUCUCCCCAGCCCCCAACGGCACGCCCAACUCAGUUACCAUUCUAGAUUAACCCCCACAUGUCCACCGGGGGGACCACCAGACCAAAACAUGUCAACACAUAUGUGCCCAUAUGCUCUUGUUCCUUAUACUGACGUGCUGAUCUGUACUUUGACGACUGAUACACAAUCAAUAUAUUGACUAUUCAGAUGGCCCUGGCAGUCAUCUGAUGGACUGGACUGUUUUGACCAAAGGAGUGUCCAAAUGAGUGGACAAUGUGAUACGAGUCUGACUGACCUGAAGAUGUCCGUCCCUCAUCCUCUUUUAUCUGUGUAGUUUACUAACUAAUCCAAAUGACUAACAUUCAUUUCUCUCCCUUUCUUCUCGUUCUUUCUCUCAGCAACCAACUCUAUAGAAAGAUAAAGACAGAAUGCUGUACAGAUAGAACUAAGAGAGGGACUGUGGCUGUGGUUGUGUAGAGAUGCAGUCGUUCAUUGAGAGAGGAGGGUGGUGUGUGAGGAAACAAAAGUUUCCACCAGUCUUGAAACUUAGAUAUUUAUCAUGUCUUGACACAUUAUCUUAUUUUUUUUUACGUCGAAAGCCAUUUAAUGUCUCAGAUUGUAUUUGCCAGUGACAUUUUUCAUGUCUUUAAUUUUCUAUGUUUUUGACAAACAAAAAACAUCAUUUUUCUUUCAUUUUUCUUCUCAUCAUCAUGUUGUGUUAUUGUGUUUUUCAUUAUUUAUGUAGAUCUCACGACUUCUCUUUAUCGACAUAGUUCAUAGAUCGAGAUGCUUUCAUCGAAACUAAGCGAAGCCAAGUUUCUUACUAUAAAUAACUUGCUGUGAAGAUGCUGAGUAGCAUCUGGUGUAUAUAGCUGCAUCUACAUCUAUCUACUUAGCCAUAAUACAGUAUUAUAGAUAUGUACAUGCUCCUUAUAUGUUCCUGUGCCUGCUGGGUCUGCAUAGAGCACCAGAUUGAUGUCAUUACUCUCUCGCCUUCCCACCAGAAGUGUAAUGCCAUUAUUGGAAAAUAUAUUGUACUUUUUUGUGUCAACACCUACGUGUAGCUUUCUGUAUCUUGUCUUUGUCUCUUUCUACACUGUAUUAAAAACAUCGUUGUCUCCAAUUAACAAUCCUUUCAUACCUGUCCAUCCCAUAAUACGCUAAUUGUUUGAGGAGCAGUAUUUAUGUAUACUACAGAUCGGAGAGAGGAGUCUCGUGGGCGAACACGCUCAAGGUUUAUUUUCAGAAUCCAAGUUGACAUUUCCGACAGGCUUGGCGAUUGCCAAACAGUUGGUAGUUAUAUCAAAUGCAGAGAAUGUAUUCUUUUUAGGGCUGGGUAGUCAUUGUAUCUACAUGCUACUGAUAAAACAAAUCUGAGAUACAAGUUACUGGAGAGAGAGGAGUGGCAAUGACAAGAUCUGGAAGGACAGGUUUUCCCCCAUUGAAUGUAAAUACAACCCUAAAAGAUUGUUCUUAUGAACCAAACCAUGUUUGAUAGAAAAUGUGAAAAAACGUGCAGGUUUAACAUCUAAUUUUAAAUUUGUUGCAAGCUGUAAUUUUUCUUCUUUGUACUAUUGCUAUGAAUCCAACCUUUCCCCUUUUGACUGCAGUGAGAUUUGGCUGUUUUAGCAAAAAAUAGCUCAUAGCUGAGGAGAGAGGGGGGAAAAAAGAAAAAAAAAAGUUCUGUCGAUGUUUUCAAGCAUUUCAAAAAUUAAAAAAAGUGUGCAUUAGUGUCAUUUAGUGAUAGUAGUAGUUGCAUUACGAUGAAAGCUAAGAUUCCGUUCCUGCCCAUAACCAUCCAGCGAUGCAUUGCAGUGCAGUGAAUAUCUGUGGAGUUUUUGUCCGAUGCAGUCAUGAGAGGCGGCGAUGCAGUUGGUGCACACCACAGGGAGCACCUAUGUGCAACGUUGCAGUCUCGGUUCUCCCUACUCAAAUAAAAGCUCGACACUGGCCAGAUAUUACCUGACAGUCCGUGAGGUGGAAAACAUGGGAUGUCUUAGAGCGGCCAGUGGCACACACAGAGGUGUGUUUGAGCUCCCUGUUGUUGGCUAUAUAGACUCACUCAGGACAAAUAAAGGUUUAAAAAUAUCUAUUUUCAUACCAGGAGCGAGGAAUGACACAAAAUAUGCCAAUAUUCUAACUUGACUAUCUGCUGCUAAACAUCUGUGUUUGUCAGUGUUCGAGGGCAAAUGUUAGCUUUGAAUGAGGAACGAGUGUACACACACAGAUACUCACUCGACUGCCACUCACUCUUUGCUUUUCGUGUUUCAAGGUGAAAUGUGGGGUCGCUGGCAUUUGCUUUCCACCAUUGUUUCCCCCCUCCAUAUUUUAUAAUUAAAAAGAGGAAAAUAUGAAUUGGCUCGUUUAGAGAAGCUUCUUGAGAACUCUGAAAAACAGACAGGCUUUAAACAACAAUGCCCCUGUGGGAGGAUGGGGGCGAGAGAAAGGGAGGGAGAGUGUGUGUCCCUGGUGAGGUGUAAAUGUGCCUCUUUGUGAAGUGUGGGGUGCACUGUUGGCACAGUGGGAACUGGUGGGAUCUCUAUGUACCAUGGGUCGGCGUUAGAAGUUGAGUGGAUUGUACCACAUGUGGGGCAACGAUAAUUGUAACUGCAUUAUGAAUCUACCACUGUAACUGGAUAUAUGAGUGAAAAUAAAGUACAUGGAACAA